AUGGCGGACAAUUGUUUGCCAAACCCUUGUCAAAAUGGCGGACAAUGUACCGUGAAAGACGGAGGAGCAAACUACACCUGUACUUGUACUAAUCACACUGGAAGACAUUGUGAAAUCAACAUGUGUGAUCCAAACCMUUGUCAAAAUGGCGGACAAUGCACCGUGAAAGAUGGAGGAASAAACUACACCUGUACUUGUGUUGGGCACACUGGAAGAAAUUGUGAAAUAAAUAUGUGUGAUCCAAACCCGUGUCAAAAUGGCGGACAAUGUACCGUGAAAGAUGCAGGAACUAACUACACCUGUGCUUGUGUUGGUCACACUGGAAGGAAUUGUGAAAUCAAUAUGUGUGAUCCAAACCCUUGUCAAAAUGGCGCCCAAUGCACUGUAAAAGAUGGGGGAGCCAACUACACAUGCACUUGUUAUCUUGUGAAUACUAGUGGAAGACACUGUGAGCUUAAAAAAUGUGUACUGUUUGACUUUGAAAGUGGACGACUUGACGGCUGGACCCUGACAGGAACAGCAUUCAACAACCAGCCAACCUACGGUGAUAAUCCUCCCGUACGAGGAGCUUCCCCAUCUAACCUUCGAGGAGACUGGUAUGUUGCUACAUAUGAAAACAGACCCAGUCCUUCUUAUCCAGGAGGUAAAAUACAAACAGAUAUACCAMAGGGCACUGCGACCUCUCCACCAUUCCUAAUUUUAGGAACAAAACUGAGGUUUCUGAUUGGCGGAGGUAGAAAAGUUAACUCAGAACUACUCGAGCUCCUCAUUGGCGGAUUGGUGAUAGUCAAGGCAACAAGCACGCAAAACACUAAUACCAUGGAGCAAAAAGAGUUCGAUGUGUCAUCACGGAUAGGCCAGGUAGCUCAGGUUCGGCUUGUUGACGUGUCGUCAAGUGAAUGGGGUGUUAUCAGCGUUGAUCACAUUGAGGACAUUUGCAAAUAGUAAAUCAAAGCAAACGCUAAGCUUUUAACAAGGUGCACUUUCCAAAGACUUUUUAGUAUAAUAAUGAAGAAAUAACUUUAUUAAUGCCGUCCAAAGGGCUCU